AUGUCAUGCAGACCACCCCCCACAGAUCAUCUUCCUCCAGCAUCCUCUGCCGCGACUGCUCCAAUCUCUGUUGUCCGCCGUCCCUUGGGACCAAGCACAAAAUCCAACGUCCUAUCUGCCACCCUUGCUCCUGCGAAUCCAGCUCUCAAAACACAGGUCAAACUCGAGGAUCGGCUCUCCAAAGCAGAAUCUCGCAUCUCCGACCUCACUUGGGAAAGAACUACCGCACUCAACGAACUAGGUGACCUUCAAACAGAGCUCCGACUUGCCGCUCAACGAGAAGCCAAGCUCAAACAUUCCCUUGAGAAAUGGGAGAAAUCUCACGCUACACUUAAAGAAAAGAGCUCCAAGCUCAACGACCUUCAAUCGCGACUAGCAGAGCUUCAUAAAGUGCAUAAAGAGUCGAAAGCACGCAGGCAGAAGGAGAUCGAGGAUUUAACCGAGAAGCUCAAGCGAGAAGAGGAGAGGCGGAAACGCGAUGCUGCGGACGCAAAAUACAGCUUAGCUGAGGAGAAGGCGAGAGCUGAGGAGUACCAGGCCAAGUGUAGGGAGAUUGAGGCAAAGCUGGAGAGCUUAAGAGUGCAAGGGACUGCAUCGGAUGAUGUGGUACGAGAGAAGCAAAAGAUGAUCGAAGAGUUGGAGAAACAGUGUCAAUCGGAAAAGAUCAUUGCUAUUGAUGCUCAGAAGUAUGCUCGAAGGAUCGAGAAUGAGCUCAACCAGCGAAUUAUACAGCUUCAGGAGGAGGUGGACAGGAAGACGGAGGAUGCGGCGCGGAGUGGAUUACAAAUGCAGGCUAAUCUGGAAGCUGCAAAGUACGAGUUUCAAUCCGAGCUGGAUACAUUGCAAGAGGAAAUGGAAGAAACGAAGCAGCAGCACACACAAAACCUUGCUAUGGUGGCGAACGCGGUUUCGGAGCACAUCAAUGCUUUGCAGCAGCAGUCUCGUUCGGAAAAGGAUGUACUCCUGGGAAAGUGGCACCACAACGCAACGGAACGCAUCAGCUUGGAGACGAUGGUAGACGAGCAAGCAGCACAAAUCCACGAGCUAGUUGCAGUCGUCAAGCAGGUACAAGACGAUCGUGACGCAGCGAAGCAGCUUGUCUCCGCUCUCCAGGCUGAUUUGGUCAGCAUCACUGCUGAGCUCUCUGCAGAACGUCAGCUAGUUACCCUCCUCGUUCAGCAACAGGAAGAACAGCAACAGAACAGAAUCAAUCUAGCUUCUAACACUAGCUUUGGUGAUCUUUCUGGCCUCACCAGUGUCCUUGACUCAGACGAAGCAUCCCCCGCCCUCCUCCGUGGCGAAAUGGAAGAUCUCCAAUCGCGCAACAGCUUACUCGAAUCAGAAGCCGCCGAACUUCAGACCCGUCUCAUCUCGCGCUCCGCCGAAGCAAAGGCCUCAGAAGAAGCUCUGUCCACCGCUCGCGCUCAACUCUCCACCCUCGAGUCCAGUCUCGCUGCCAAAUCGCACGAGAUCGAAACACUCAUUUCCCAACUCUCCGAGCUUGAGCCUCUCCGGAGACGUCUCGCAGCAGCAAACAUCGAUCUCGCCUCAGCUCACGCUGAAGCAGCAAGUGCAACCGAAGCUCAGCGCUCGCUCUCUGCCUCUCUCGCCAACUCUCGUCUCGCGGAAAAAGCUUGGAGAGAAGAACGAGACCAUCUUGCCUCGCUUCUUGACUCUUCUGAGCACUACCAAGAGCUCUAUGUUGAGCUCGUGGAUCAGACCAAGCUUCUCGUUGAGCGUAACGCGUUGCUGGAGGAAGAAAAGGCCGAGCUGUCGUCGCUGAACGCGGAGCUAUUGAGCCAUAAUAAUCCAAAUCAGAAGAUAAUGUACAUGGAUCGAGUAAGACAGGAGCUGGAUGAGAAGAAGAGGGAGAAUUUUGCCCUAAGGAUGGAGUUGGAGAGAGCAGAGGAAGAGAGGAAGGGGUUGGAAAAGGAAUUGAGGGGGUACAAAAGUGUUGAUGUGCCAUUAGGAAGGAGGCCGAGGACGGAUGUGGUGAGGGUAGCGAGGGUGGAUCAGGAGCAACAUCAGGGGUUGUUGAGGAAAGUUUCGGGCUUGGUGGAGGGGCAGCAAACAGCAAUGAGGUCGGAUGGAGGGGUUUCUACCCCUCUUAGGGCUGGAUUUGGUGUUACUGGAGUGAAGGCACCGUUCACGUCUCAAGGUCCAAGAUUUACCGCUGUUCCUUUGCAGCCUGAGCUGCAAAAGUCUUUGUCUGGGCAGACGAAGGAGCGACGAACGGCCCAGAAGGAGGAAGUGGAGCAAGAAGAAGGGUUUGCGACGGGUAGCAACGCUUUGCCUCAUCCACCUUUGCCUGUCGAUACGGGUCUUUCGCCUAAGAAGCGACGUUCAUACGGCAACCUCUCUGUUCACGCUGCUGGCGAAGUCGCAGAAGAAGAAGAAGAGCCCGAGCAAAUUGAAGACGAUACCUUGCUCCCGCUUCCCACUGCUACAUCGCAGGAGAAUGUCGAAGAAGUAGCUGUCCGACGCAAUCGUCCUCGACUCACCCUAGUCAAUAGCGGCGCCUUACGCAUCGGUCAGCCACCCGCCUCUGCUUCUUCCAGCAGCAUUCCUGUUCCCGUCUCUUCUUCAGCGCCUGCACCCAUCCCCGCAUCUCAGUCGAACCCCACGACCCAAACCCCAGCAGCAGGUCGUCGCCCAAGCCUAGCAACGUCGACUCUGGGUAUCAAAGCUCGACGAGUCUCCGAGCUCGUCCGUGCCUCCACACCUCCUUUGCCCUCCAUUGCAGACUUCUCUUCGCUCGAAACGCCCAAUGCCCACCUUCUCGAUGCUGCCCUACCCUGCUCCUCCCCAUACGGGCUAGCGGACUGGACGGCAACAGAUGAAACGUCCCAUGUCCCUGCUCUCAACCCUUUACGCCACUCAGCUAUCGCUCACUCCACCCCUCUUCCUCACAACAAUGCUAGGAUGAGGAAAUCGAGAUACUCAGGGGCUCAACGAAUUCCUCUCGGCGCGGUGGGAGACUCGAGCGCAACCCCAAGGGCAGGAUUGAUGGGCGCAGCAAGAAAAAGUGCGCUGAUGGGUAUGGAUGGUGAGAUGAUGGAGGAUGAAGGUAAUUCUUUCCGCAAAGGAUGGUUGUAUGAAGGAGAUGAGGAUCAGUUCGAGUUGCCAGAGUUUUUGAUUGAGCAAAAACCAGUUGCAGCAGCGACAACAGCGGCGAAGAAGGGGAAGAAAGUGAAGGGUAGAGUAUCAUCUAAGAUUGCACCUGGCCCUAUGGCUCGCACUUUCGUCCGCUAA